GCCAAAAAACUUAAUGUCAGUUUUGUGCCCCUGAAACUAUCUACUGCUUUGAAAGGCCAAUUGCCAAUAUGGACACACCUUGGAGCCCCGCCAAGGACGUACAAUAAACGAUUGAAUGCGUGCCUACAAAACACGCAUAGAAUAAGAACAGUAAAAGAUAUGAAACAAAUGUGCGCAUGCCUACCAGAACACCGAACACACCACCCUGGAAGCACGUGCCAAUGCGGCCCAUGCAAGGAAGACCGCACACAGGGAUGUAAAGACCCACAUAAAUGUGCCCAGAUAGCAGCAGACAUUAUUAAAAAACUCCCACCUAAGUUCGAAUAUACAACAUCACCAGCCAAAGACAGCCUAACCCUUACACACCGAAGACUCGAGAAAAAUGCUCGAGCAGCCCUGAGCAGACAGGGUGAAAUGACCUUCGACCCGUCAGUAACAGCUAAAACAGACUUGUCAGAAUGCUUCAGAAUCUUUGCGGACCCACGGAAACUCACACAAGCACCCGCGCUGAGGAUGCAAUGCCUCGGCACAGGAAGACAAACCAAUGAUGCCAUGCUUGAAGUAUUCACUGAUGGCGCAUGCCUGGACAAUGGUAAAGAAAACGCCAGGUGCGGAAGUGGUAUAUGGGUAGCACCGGACCACCCAAUGAACAGGAUAAUAAGAUGCCCCAGACCCACACAAUCAAACCAAGUGGGAGAAGUCACCACAAUCCUAGUGACACUACAAUUAGCUGACCCCCUAACCCCACUAAAAAUUAUGACAGAC